AUGAGCGCGCUGUACGCGUGCUUCAUGAUGCUGACGUUGGCGUCAGCCACUUCUUUGCAAGACUGCGAGGCCGACAUGACGGGGUUCGAGCUGGUUACCGGGUACGUGUUUACGGCACCCGAUGACUUGCUGGACAGCAUACCCGGCACGCUGAUGUUGACCGACUGCCUGGAGGCAUGCCACGCGAACGACACAUGCGAAUCGGUCAACUACGAGACCGGUCUGUGCGUGAUGUUUUCGUCGAACGCCGACGCAUAUCCAGGAGCGUUGAGCAAGUCACAGUUUCCGGUGUUUACGAUAUACGCACAAAAGACAUGUUUGGGUAUAAAACCAUGUGAACGAGCCUGGUGUUUCGACCGGGUGCAGGGUUACAAGCUCAAAGGGUUUGGCAAGAAGAAGCUAGCCGCAACGUCGAGACAGGACUGCUUGGAGCUGUGUCUAGGCGAAAGAGAAUUUUCUUGUCGAUCGGCAAACUACAACAACGGUACGGCGGAAUGCGAUAUGUCUGACAUGGACAGGCUGACGGUAGCCGGCCAGGGGGCGUUCGAACCAGCUGCUGGCAUUGACUACUUGGAAAACAACUGCGUGGACGAGCCGGUCAAGCUGUGCGAGUUCAAAAAGUUCCCAGGCCGAAUACUGAAGACCGUCGAUUCCGUGUACCAGGACGUGGGUUCUCUGGAGGACUGUAGGGAACUGUGCCUCAACUCGCCGUACAGGUGUCACUCGUACGAUUACGGAGAUACCGGCGAGCUCGUGUGCCGUCUCAGCCACCAUUCCAGGGCCACGUUGGCAGACAUACAGGACCCCUACUUAGAAGUUCCAGAAGCUUCCACUUAUGAGCUCAACUCUUGUUACAAUAUAAGCAUCGAGUGCCGUUCAGGAGACAUGGUAGCUAGGAUUAAGACCAGCAAAUUAUUCAAUGGCAAGAUAUAUGCGAAAGGAAAUCCAAACUCUUGUGUUCAAGAUGUACGCGGAAGUUUGGACUUCGAACUCGAAAUGGCUUACGACGACGUGGAAUGUAACGUAAAACAACAAGGCCUAGGUAGAUACAUGAAUGACGUAAUUAUCCAACACCACGACACCAUAAUCACCAGUUCCGAUCUUGGUGUGGCCAUCACUUGCCAAUACGACUUGACCAACAAAACAGUUUCGAACGAGGUAGAUCUGGGUAUACAGGGCGAUUUGAAACCAGCCAUGACGGAGGAAGUUAUUGUGGACUCACCGAACGUCGCCAUGAAGAUUACAGACCGACAAGGGGCUGACGUUAAGCCUUCGGCCGAAGUGGGAGAUCCGCUGGCGCUUCGAUUCGAAAUAUUGGACCCGAACAGCCCGUACGAAAUAUUCGUCAGAGAACUUGUAGCUAUGGAUGGUGUGGAUUCCAGUGAAAUCGUGCUGAUUGACGCUGAUGGAUGUCCGACCGACCACUUUAUCAUGGGCCCUCUUUACAAAUCAUCAGACUCAGGAAGCGGAAAGAUUCUCUUAUCAUACUUCGAUGCGUUUAAAUUCCCGUCAUCCGAAGUGGUCCAAUUCAGAGCCCUGGUCACUCCUUGUAUGCCCACAUGCGAACCCGUUCAGUGCGACCAAGAAGACGCUUCGGGAGAACUCAGAUCCGUACACUCGUUUGGCAAGAGGAGGCGGCGAAGGUCGACCAAGAGUACAUCAGACGCUAGAGACGACAUGCUACUCGUGCAGAGCAUUCAAAUCACCGACAAAUUCGGAUUCGGCGCUCAACAGGCAUCGCCGGAAAUGAAUCCCACGGACACGACGGCUUUCAGCAUAAAGCACCACGACUACAAUAUCGAUAGUUUAUGCGUUAAUUUGUUCGGUGUUAUAAUAUCGUGCCUAGUGUUUCUGGCCGUUCAAGUUGCCGUGCUAAUAGCGUGGGCAUAUGUUUGGAACAAAAAACGACACGUCGACAAGUACCAUCAACAGGAUGGACUGUCCGUGAGUAUGAGCAUACCAGUGGGACGGACGGACAGCAUGUGCAAGCUGUACGAUACGGGGUACGCAAAACGAUACUAA